AUGCUACGAACAUUUGGAAUGUUCUGCGGACAAGUUUCGACGGGUUCUGCCCUUUCAUCCAUUCCGCAUUCGUACCAACGUCUUAAGGGGGAAGAGAAACAGUCGCAACAUCUAUACGAAAACAACAAAAACAACAACAACAACAACGACAACGACAACAACAACAACAACGAAGACGACAACAACAGCACAUCGAUGCUGGCCACGGCGGCAGUGCACCGGCUCGCCUCGGCAGCGCCGCCGCGUAAACAACGCGAGGGCGCGAGGCGCGGCGGCCGCCGGUGCAACGCACGGCUCAAUACAAAUUCCUCAGAUAACGCGAGGCCCACUAUACUCACUCUAAGCGGCACAGGCCGCGCGGCCGUUUCCCGCACGCGCGCGAACGCUCCCCGGCAGGAGGACGUGCGCGCCACAUUCGGAAACCCGUUACGCGGGUGCAGCUACAUAUUCCAAAGCGGGCCGACGACGGCCCCGGCAACGGUACUCGCGCCUCGGUGCCCGCCGGUGCCCCGCGAA